GAGGACGUGAGUAAGAGAAGGCCAUGGGAACCUGCUGGGAAACCAGCAGCACCGCGUGGGAAAGCAGCAGCACCACGUGGGAAACCAGCAGCACCACGACGUCCUCCUCAUCGCUCGGGAAGGUCAAGUGCGCCGAGUGCGGGCGGAGCUUCCGCGGCGUGGCGAUCAGCAGCAGGGCCGCGCAGGUGGUCAUGCCGCCGUACUGCAACCAGUGCUGGACGCUCUGGAGCAAGAACAGCCGCACGAAGUAUUUGGAGGAGGAGCUCACGCCACCAGUGGAGUACGUCGGUAAGGCUGUGCGGGACUUCAAGGGGGAACGCGUACAUGUACUCCAGAUCGGCCUUGGAACAUUUGGGACGUUCCUCAAGCCGGACAUCGGCUGGAUCCUCACGCUCCUCGAAGCCCCCAUAGCAGACGGCUGCCCGCCCAGUGAGGAGGACCUGCGCGGCAUCGGGGUUGACUGCCUGGAGGAGUCGUGCGGCCCGCAGGAGCAGCUGGCGGAGGCAAGGCCGACGUGUUCAGGCGCAGCUGCGCGCAGUCGCAGCGGCUCGUCGGAAUGGGGUGUACGAAGAGUGCGCAGAGGACGGUGGC